AUGUCAUCCUGUGACUAUAGCUGCUCAGCAAAAACCCCUCCCUUGUCCCCCGAUAGUGACAUUACGGGCAUUGGAAUAGUCAUCAACUAUGUCGUUACUGCAAGCAUUGCUGUCUUGGUCAUUCUUGUAUAUUAUCUCGGAAUAUAUGAACCAAAUCAUGAUCCUUUCGACAGGGGUGGUCAGGUUGAUAAUUCAUUUCGUCCUAACCCGGUGGAUGAUUUCUUUUUAUAUGGAGCACGGUGGUUACCAAAACGCAUUCUAAGGUGGCCUCUCAAAUCUCGCCGAAGGAGCCCCCGUUUCCGUAUUCGGCUUCAACAGACUUUCAUCAAGUGUCUUCUAGCGAUGAGCGACCUCCAAGUAGUAAUAGGUUUCUCGAUCCUAAUCAGCGGAUUCGUACAACUUCGAUGCGGCCUUUCUGCCUAUCACUGGCUUUUUAUUGUCAAGCUCGCUUGGUCCUCAAGUCUGACCCAUUUGUCAUGUUUGACAGUAUUGCGCGGUCAUCUCUACAGAUUUUCUGGUGAGCGCCUAUGGCGGCUACUUGCUAUGGGUGGGCUUGCCACGUUCUUGGUCGUUGGACUCUUAUCGACAGGGAAUAUCUGGUGGUCAAAUCCCAUUUCUGAUAUGGAUAUCGGGAGCCCCGCCAUUUGCCAUAUGGGGGUUUUUUCAAGCUCGCAGACUGACGAUCUCACGUUCUGGUCAGCGCUGGUUUCUGCUAUUUUGACUAUUAUUGCGUUUGUUUCUCGGGUUAUCAAACUAUACAGGCCUCUCUCUGUGGGUGUCUUUAGUCGGGGUAGAGCCUGGCUCAGCGUUCGGGCACGUCGAAUAUUGCGCAUCGUCUUUGUCUGGGCCUGUAAGGAGCGGCAUCCACACAGCCUCAGACGCUCAAUUUGCUACCGUCCCCUCUUGGCUAUUCUAUUAACUACGGGUUUAGUCUGUGAUGUAUGGAGCUCAGUCUUGUUCGAGGUGAUUUGGUUACUAAUCGCUUUUGCUUGGGGCAUAUGGCAGUUGGUAAAUAAUCUCAAUCAGCUAGGAAGCCUUGUAGGCGAUUGGACAUUUGGUCAGGUUGUGGCUGUUGUGUUACUAGCAGCCCCGUUGAUUACAAUGAUGCAAUACUUCAAUGAAGACACUGCCUAUAGUCCGGCAGCAGGCUUGGAAAAUGAUUCUGAUCAACCAUUAUAUGAAUCUCAAGCAACACACCCUUUAAUAACCAUGUCAAUUGAUGAAGAGCUACCUGAUCUCGAAAGCCCCGAUGGUGACUGGAACUCAUAUUCAGGUACCUUAAUCACCGGGCUUAGCUAUGCUGCUUCUUCUUUCCUUAUGUGGAGUGCCAUUGUACUUUUUGUCUCCAGACAAUCAACCCCACUCAAAGGAAUCAGAACCCUUCUCUAUGCAUUCCCCUUUGUAUUCAUUGGAUUGUAUGGAGUUGUCUUGUUUUCGCUACUUAUUAAAGCCGUCUUGUUCCCAAGAAAAUUGUGGCUUAUGUCCCUGUUAACCUAUGUGCAGCUCAACCUCUUUCUGAACGCUCCUUUUCUUCCAUUCCGCGAGUUUGGAUAUGAGUUUUCACCUCUUUCUUAUACUCCUUCCAUAUAUGCCCAGAUCACUGCUGUUGGGUUGUACAUUACGGUAGCUGUUGCAUAUAGGUUGUUUUAUAGGUGA